CUGUUGGUUCGGAUUGGCGUGACGUCACGGCCAUGGUCAGGCGGCAGCGUCAUCAGAUGAGGCCUCCUUUUCCGUCCCCUUGGCAGAAAAUUGAUGAUGUUGAUGGCGAGGCAGCUUCUUGUUGGUCAGCUCUGUCUGGUGAUUGGCAGUGGCUGUCUCUGGAUCGACGAUUGGGCGCAUUAACAGGCACCGCCCGAUCGCAUGCUUUCGCGUGCGCUGGCGAUUUGGGCCCUCCACACUUGGCCCAGACCCUCCAGAUCGUCAAAUGGAUCGUGGUCGGUCCAUUCGUCAUCAUCUUCGUCGUCAAUUGCUUCACAUCGGAUUCGGAGUCCGAUAUGGCUGCGGCGUCAAAGUGCGUAUUUGGUGCUGGUGAUGGCUGUGUGGAUGCUGCUGCUGCUGUUGAUGUCCCUCUCUAA